AUGCGAAUGAACACUUCUAAUUCGAACGAUCAUGCGUAUCCGUCGUCGAGCGAUCAUGUCUUUCAGUUGCCAUGCUUGAAGAAUCCAAGUGAUCAAUUAACCUCAACUACCUUCCCAUGUAAUAUUACAACCUCCUCACAAAGAACACUCCUAGAGCCAAGUUUAUCUUCUGAAAUUUUGCAAUCCACAUCGCCACAUGCAUUCUCUCCUAAUUGUUUUGAAAUUUUCAAAUUGUCACUCAAUUCAUCUCCCACAUGUAAACACAACGAACAACAACCAGCGAUGAAGAAUUUUGCUCCAUCGACCUCUUCAAGUAGAAAUUCACCCACACCAUCUCGAGAAGUCUACUCAAAUUUAAAGAUGGCUGCUUGCAUCCAACCAUUUUUGGAAGCACCUCAAGAGUAUUCUGUGAAAUCAAUACUGUACGCAGCGUCACAACCCAAAUCAACAAUGACGCAAUCCAAAGUAUACAACGUAUCUUCUCCUCCCUCUUCCAUACCAACUACCUUCCACACCAACGCUUAUUCUCCUCACAUUCCUUCGCGAUUAAUGACAGGAGUGGUUUCCAAGUCUGAAGCAUUUGUUGCCACACAACCUACAACAAACAACAACAUUGCCAUGUACAACAUGCCAUAUACAUACUCUGCUGCUCAACAAAAUCAUAGACAAGCUCCAAUGGAUACAUACGCUAGAAGAAAUACAAACUCAUCUCCUUCUGAAUCAGGUAGUAUCGAGGAAGAUAAAGCCUACCGAAUGAAAAUGCAGUUGCUUCAACGAGGAACCACCAAUCUUUCUACCUUUGAUGAAAAGAGUGGCAUGCUUCGACCCAACUUGAGCAAGGUACACAAAUCAUCGAGCUUUUCUAAACGAAGCACCUCAUCGCCCAAGUCAGACGAUGAAGAUAAGAAGAAGUUCAACACAGGUACUUGGUCCAAGUACGAGCAUGACAUGUUUUUGAAAGGUCUCGAUGAGGUUGGAAAGAAUUGGAAGAUCAUUUCUGAGAGCUAUGUGACGACGAGAAAACGAACUCAAAUUGCUUCACAUGCUCAGAAAUACUUUUUGAAGGUUGCCCAACUGAAGAAGGGUGAAAAUUUGUCUCCAGAUGAUUUAUAUUCGGAAUAA